GCCGCUUAAUCCACGAAAGGUUGGAACACACCAGUAGAUUACAGCCUUGUCAACAACCGCCAUCGUGGCAGCAAUAAGGGUAGUCAUCCAGAAUGACAUUACAUCACCACCAAGUAUGGAAAAGACUGAUGUGUCCUUGUCUGACCUCAUCACAUUGGCUCACAACCAACUCCAUCCGUUUGAAAUCUUCCAGAAUAAUUAGAACCACUGACCCAUUUUACCGCGAUGGUAUUUCCAGGGUUAUUGAUGUGAGAAGUCCAGAAGAGUACAAAACUGAUCAUAUUCCUGGAGCCAUCAACCUUCCAAUCCUCUCGCUGGAGCAGUUCCAAAUUGUCGGAAAACUGCACUGGGAGGCACAUGAAGCUCAGCAGUCAGAUGAGACAGUUCGACUUAAGGCAAAACUGUUUGGUGCUAAGUUUUCUCUACAAAAUAUUAUUAAUAUCCUAGAUUCACACUUCAUGGAUAAACCACAGAGUUACACCCCCUUCAUCUACUGUAAACGUGGGGGACUAAGGUCAAGGUCAUUAGCCACUGUUCUUGAAGAGAUAGGAUACCCAGUGGUCCUGUUAGAAGGUGGCUACAAGGCUUAUCGUCGAAGAGUUAUUAGUGACCUGAAUGAGAUGCCGCUGAAAUUCAGAUUCAAUGUUGUAACUGGCAGCAACAAGUCUGGGAAAUCCUUGAUAAUGAGGAAGCUCAUUGAUAGAGGGCACCAGGUCCUCAACUUCGACAAAAUGAUUCACUAUGAAGACCUCUUCCUUAGCGGUGACAUGAUACACAUGAAAGGUCGCAGUCGGUACAUGGAAACCAAACUGAGAGACAAACUUGUUACAUUUGAUCCAAGUCGCCCAGUCUGGGUUAAGCAUCAAUUUUGGCAGAGUGAUCUGAUGAAAAGGAUCGCAUCAACGUACCAUCUUCCCACUCCAUCGGUGAUCUAUAAACAGAUGCUGAAAGGAAAAAUAUUUGAGGUAAAGGUACCAAAUGACGAAAAAGUGGAAAGGCUGGUCAGACAAGGGUACCUGGAUUGGAUGAAAGAUGAUAUAGAUACUGUGCAAUUGUUCUUGGAUACUCAUGCUCAGAAUAUGUAUGAUUUCCGCACGAUAAAUGUUAUGCAGGCUUACGUUCGGAGUAACAAGUUGAGAGAGCUGUUAGGAUGUAUAUUGACUGAGGAGCACAAACAUUAUAAGAUCAUGCGUAAAAGAUGGCGCAAGCGAUAUGCCAAUACUCCAGAUCUUCUCAAACAGGAAUUUUUCGUCUUAGAUAGUCUCACAAACGAUAAAAUUGAUGAAAUUGUGGACAAAUUUGAAAGUAUGGCUGAGAGUAUAUAGUUUUUUAAGGUUUAUCAGAGGUUUUGUACAACAUAAGUAUGUUUUAUGAAAUAAAUCAUUUCUGAUGAUAAAA